AUGACUACUCUCGACUCCGACCAGGUUCGCUCUCUUGACCAGACACGCCAGCUUCUCCUCUCCCUUCAUACUUCCCUGGUCGCACUUCGAUCAGACAUCUCUCAGAAUCCCCAACUCCCCUCAUGGCCUGCUCUACAAACUCAUGCCAACCUCAUAUCCAACAACUUACAGACCAUUACUGACAGUCUGUCCAAACACCGCGAAACCUUUUCUUCUGCUGUUGUCAACCCUCUACCACAGUUCCCAGGCAAGGAACGUGCUUUCAUUCUCGAGACCCUCUUGCGCACAAAACUCGAGCCCAGUGUGGAGGAAUGGAUUGAGGAAGGCGAAACUGUAGCCACACAGCAACAAAAGUCUGCUCACCGUGGUCUCUCUACUGCUGAUAGGGAUGCUUUAUGGCAGUGGGCUCCAGGCGCCGCCAAUGCUGAAGCAAGGAAGCAGAAAUGGGGUGCGGAUUACACGUUACAAGAGAUCCAGAAUGGCAUCGAGAAUGUCAAGACCGGUCUUCUCAGAGAGCUCGUCGAACCCCCCGAAGAUGACGACGUUGACGACGACGACGAAGACGAGUACGACGAAGUCACCGAUGAUGAGACAGGACCAGUAGACAAAAUGGAUAUUGAACCUCUCAACCCUGACCCCAAAUCAACAUCUCCCGCCCAAAACCCACCUCUUCUGCCACGGGCCCCUCAAAUGUCUAUGGAAAGCAUGCAUAAAUUCAUGACAACUGGCCGGUAA